UGCUCAGUUUGCCGCUGUCCAGGGAAGGGUGAUAGUUGUUAGUGAACCACGAUUGCUGAUUACCGGAAUGAUACCAACUAUCUUUGUCUUGUGGAUAGCAGUGUUGUCCAUCAGUGAGGCACACAACCUGAGCUGUUACCAGUGUGUGAGGACCAGCAAUACACAGUGUGGUCCAGAGUUCCUGCUCCCGUGUCCUUCCAACAAGGACCGCUGCGUUACACACAUCACCAAAGACGCCAGCACGGGCUACACGCUGAAGAGAGAGUGCGGCCUGGGACCUUGCACAUUUGAGGACGAAGCGAUCCACAAAGGCCUCGGAAUCUUCGGCGACUGUGACACCUCCAAAGAGGAGUUCUUCUGCGUGUCCUGCUGCAAGACAACCGGCUGCAACAAGGACCUGGCCACGACACUAGCGCCGCCAACGGUCAGCAUAGCAAUCGCGGCGGCCAUCUUGGUACAUCUGGCGUAGUGAACAUGUGAUCAGUGAUGGACCUUAAUAAGUUCAACAAUUAACAUCAGCUGAUAGUUAUCAAUAUUGUUUCACUUCGGCUAACGGAUUGUGGAAGACAAGUUUGUUAAGUCGUUUAAGUAAUGGAUCAGAUCCAACAGGAUUUUUAAUUACAAUAUCUUGAAAAUAACCAUUAAAUUUAUAAAAUUGACGUAGAAAAGCUUAUACUGUGUAAAUAAUAUUUUUUAAAAGCAAAUUUUGUGUAAUACGUCUACGAUUCACAAAAAUUGAAAGGUCCAUAGUAAAACUACAAAAUAUUAUCAUACUUAUCAAGUAAAGGAUUAAAAUGGUAAAUAGAUUUAGGAUUUAUAUUUUAUAAUUUACAAAUAUGGUAAAAUGUCGUAAUAAAAAAUGUAACACGAACAGUGAAAAUAAUGUGCUUAAUUAUUUUGACAAUUUUGUUAGAAAGAAAAAUAACAGUACUCAAAAUAUUAUUUUUAUACUCUAGAGUUAAGUUGUGCUCAAUACUAUCACUAGGUAAUAUGAUACUAUGUAAUUAAAAGUCAUAAGUCAUAAUUAUAUGUG